CUCUCCCUCUCAGCUCUCCAAUCGCAUCACGGAGAAUGCUUCACUGCAGCCAUGGCGCCGUAUCCAGGGUCUGAUGCCGACUAUUUUAGGGACAAGGCGCGUAGGGACUUGUUGACUCUCCUUGAAGGCGUGCGUGGUAAAAAGAACCUCGUCGUCAGUCAGGAUCUGGCUGGGCCAGUCGGGCUGUUCGUCAAGUUCUCUCUGCUCCAGGAAUACGGUGUAGAUCGUGUGUUCCUGCUCGAGAAUGGCAACGUGGACUCGACGCAGCGCAAUGUCGUCUUCCUCGCCCAUGCGGAAAAGAUACGCCAGGUCCGGGCCGUGGCAGAACAGGUGCAGCGCCUUCAGCGCAACGGCAAUGUUGAACAUGAGCUGUCCAUAUUCUGGGUCCCCAGGCGGACUCUUGUAAGCAACUCCAUCUUGGAAGAAGCAGGCAUCAUAGGAGAUGUGAACAUCGCCGAGUUUCCCUUGUACUUUGCACCUCUGGAGCAAGACGUGCUAUCACUGGAGCUGGAUGAUUCUUUUAGCGAUCUAUAUUUGCACAAAGAUCCCGGAUGCAUCUUCCACGCCGCCAAAGCCCUCAUGGACAUCCAGCAGCGACACGGCUAUUUCCCCCGGAUCAUCGGCAAGGGUGACCAUGCACGACGCCUAGCCGACCUCCUGCUGCGGAUGAGAAAGGAACUGGAUGCGGAAGAGAGCUCCGGGUUGGCUGGAGUCUCCGCAAGAGGGCUCCUUCCCAGCGCCAGCACCGAAAGCCUCAUCAUCAUCGACCGUCAAGUCGACUUUGGCACAGCCCUUCUCACACAGCUGACGUACGAGGGUUUAAUCGACGAGACAGUCGGCAUCAAGAACAACCAGGCAGACGUGGACACAUCCAUCGUGGGACCUACCGCGGUGCCCCAGGCCCAGGAAUCUUCCAAAGCCCCUCAGCAGUCAUCGAAACAGGGCCAAAAGCGAAAAGUCCAACUCGACUCGUCCGACCAACUCUUCAGCCAGCUGCGGGACGCCAACUUCGCCAUCGUCGGCGACAUCCUCAACAAAGUGGCGCGCCGUCUCGAAAGCGACUAUGAAAGCCGCCAUGCCGCCAAAACCACCACCGAGCUCCGCGAGUUCGUCAACAAACUGCCCACCUACCAGCUAGAGCAUCAGAGUCUCCGCGUCCACACCAACCUCGCCGAAGAAAUCAUGCGGACCACUCGCUCCGACAUCUUCCGCAAGAUCCUCGAAGUCCAGCAGAACAACGCCGCCGGCGCCGACGCCACCUACCACCACGACGCCAUCGAAGAGCUCAUCGCCCGCGACGUUCCCCUGAAAACCAUCCUCCGCCUCCUCUGCCUGGAAUCCUGCAUGUCCGGCGGCCUCCGACCCCGCGACCUCGAAAACUUCAAACGCCAAAUCAUCCAAGCCUACGGCCACCAACACCUCCUCACCUUCUGCGCCCUCGAGAAAAUGGAACUCCUCCAACCCCGUACCUCCGCCACCACCACCCUCCUCCCCACCACCACCACCACCACCGGCGCCCAACCCGGCGCCAAAACCAACUACAGCUACCUACGCAAGACCCUCCGCCUCGUCGUCGAAGAAGUCAGCGAAAAAGAACCCAACGACAUCGCCUACGUCUACAGCGGUUUCGCCCCCCUCAGCGUCCGUCUCGUCCAAUGCGUCCUGCAAAAACAAUACAUCCUCGCCCUCGCCCGCGGCGGUCCCAUCACCGCCGCGACUGCCACCCCCGCCAGCGCUACCUCCCCGGGCUGGCUCGGCUUCGAGGACGUCGUGAAGAGCGCGCGCGGCGCGACCUUCAGUAUCGUGCAAAAGGGCGAUGAUAAGGCUAUCCGGGCUCGUCAGACCAUUAGUGGUACGAACGCUGUCAAGACGGUUUAUGUUUUCUUCCUGGGUGGGAUUACCUUCACGGAGAUUGCUGCUCUGCGGUUUAUUGCGGCGCAGGAGGCUCCGAGACGGAAGAUUGUGAUCUGUACGACGAGUGUGCUUAAUGGGGAUCGGAUGAUGGAUGCGGCGAUUGAGAGGGGGAGUUUUGCGAAGGUUGAAUGAACGUGGUAAUGUAGUGGUACUGGUAGUAGGAAGGUGGUAUAUGAUAUCCUCUCUUAAGCCUGACAAGCAAUACUAGCACGCAC